CCCCCUCCUUUAAUCAUUUCAAUCAAGUGUUGUAUUCGAUUUUUCAAGUUAAAUUUAGUUAAGCUCAUUUUUCAUCUCUCUUUUACCCUUCACUCUCAUUCCAUGCAACUUCCUCUGUGCUAACAGAUGGACCUCCACUUCUUCUCCUUUCUCCUCCUCUCAGCCACUUUACUCUUCCCCUCCUCCGCCCUCUCCAAUGACACUGCCGCUCUCUCCCUUUUCCGUUCCCAAACUGACCCCCACGCCACGCUCCUCUCCAACUGGACCACCUCCUCUCCCACCUCCACCGCUUGCUCCGCCAACUGGUUUGGAGUAAACUGCACUGACAACCGUGUCACUGCUCUCUCUCUCCCCUCUCUCAAUCUCCGCGGCCCCAUCGACGCCCUCUCCUCCCUAGAUCAGCUCCGCCUCCUCGACCUCCGCGGCAACCGCCUCAACGGCACACUCACUCCCAUCACACAAUGUCUGAACUUGAAGCUCAUUUACCUCUCAGGCAACGACUUUUCCGGUGAAAUACCACCGGAAUUCUCCUCCCUCCACCGCCUCCUCCGUCUCGACCUUUCCAAUAACAACCUCCGCGGCACCGUUCCGUCUCAGCUCUCCAAUCUUUCCCGCUUGCUCACUCUUCACCUCCAAAACAACGAGCUCUCCGGGACUAUCCCAAAAUCCCUUGAUUCGCUUCCACAGCUUAAAGAAUUAAACUUGUCAAACAAUGAGCUAUACGGGCUGCUGCCGAAGAGUUUGUUAUCCCGGUACGGCGAGGCUAGCUUUUCCGGCAAUGAAGGGCUGUGCGGGAAUAGCCCUUUUCCUAAGUGUUCCUACACUGGUACUGGGCAACCACCCUCAUCUUCUGAAACGGUGCCGUCCAAUCCUAGUUCCCUUCCUUCAUCAACAACUGCUACAAUUGAAGAGCCAUCAAACAAUCAUCACAAAAGGCUGAGCAACGGAGCAAUAGUAGCUAUUGUGGUGGCUAAUUCAGUACUACUUUUGGUAAUCGUCUCAUUUGUGGUGGCGUACUAUUGUGGGAAGUACUCAAGGGAAACGAGUUCCAUGGCGGAGAGCGAGGGUGGGAAGAGGAGCAGCUACUCGAGCGACAAGAGAGUUUACGCGAAUAAUGGAGGUGGAGAUAGUGAUGGUACUAAUGCUACUGAUCAGAGUAAGCUGGUGUUUUUUGACAGGAAAAAGCAGUUUGAGCUGGAGGAUUUGCUCCGGGCAUCGGCUGAGAUGCUAGGAAAAGGGAGUUUGGGGACUGUUUACAAGGCUGUUCUUGAUGAUGGAUGCACUGUGGCUGUAAAGAGGCUCAAGGAUGCAAAUCCUUGCGCUAGGAAAGAAUUUGAGCAGUAUAUGGAUGUGAUUGCGAAGCUUAGGCAUCCUAAUGUAGUGAGAUUCAGGGCUUAUUACUAUGCCAGGGAAGAGAAGUUGCUUGUUUAUGAUUACAUGCCUAAUGGCAGCCUACAUGCACUUCUUCAUGGAAACAGAGGACCAGGGAGAAUACCACUGGAUUGGACCACACGAAUCAGUUUGAUACUGGGAGCUGCUCGCGGGCUUGAAAGAAUCCAUCAAGAGUAUGCAGCUUCAAGAAUUCCUCAUGGCAAUGUGAAAUCAUGCAAUAUAUUGCUGGACAGAAAUGGGGUUGCUUGCAUUUCUGAUUUCGGAUUGUCUUUGCUUCUGAACCCAGUUCAUGCCAUAGCCAAAUUGGGAGGUUACAGAGCCCCAGAGCAGGCUGAAAUCAAGAGACUCUCACAGAAUGCUGAUGUUUACAGCUUUGGAGUUUUGCUGCUUGAGGUGCUGACAGGCCGGGCUCCAUCGGAGCAUCCAUCACCAGGACGGGUUCGGACCGAGGAGGAGGAGCUUGCAGUGGAUUUGCCGAAAUGGGUUCAGUCAGUGGUUAGGGAUGAGUGGACAGCUGAAGUUUUUGAUCAAGAGUUGUUGAGGUACAAGAACAUUGAGGAGGAGCUGGUGUCAACACUGCAUGUAGCAAUGGCUUGUGUGGUGCCACAGCCUGAAAAGAGGCCUAACAUGAGUGAAGUGGUUAAAAUGAUUGAGGAAAUAAGGGUUGAGCUGUCUCCCUUGGGGGAAGAUUACGACGAAUCACGCAAUUCCCUCUCGCCAUCCCUUGCAACAACUGAAGAUUUCUGAAUCCGUCACUGCGUCUAAAUUUGCACUGUCUUAUUGCAAAUUUGUUGCUUCUUUCCCUUGAGGGAGAUAUAAUUCUUUAUCUCUGUAGUAGCCUAGUUUGUGGAAGCAACUAGUAUUCCUUGUGUAUCAUUGCCCUAUUGUGAAUCAAACUAUCUAAUGUUCUCUAGCUUACUCGUUGAGGAAUCACUUUAAAUUUUGUUAUAAAUUGUGUUGUUGCAUGCA